AUGUCUGCGACAGCAGUGGCAGAAGAUGGCAAAGGACAAGCUCAGGCUCCCAAUGGGCGCAAAGGCGUCAUUAAUGCCCAAGCCAUGGUGCGAAUGGCGAAUCUUCAGCCGGAAGGGGACGAGAACGCCACUUACGCGGACAUUCUCUUCCCUACCGACCGAAACACAGUCCGCACGUUGGCCAUGGCUCGAGAGCUGCUGGAGAGCGAACGCUAUAGCGAAGCGGUAAGGCACCUGGGCCACAUUCUGGAUGCCAAACAGGACUAUUUCUUUCAGCCCGAUCCUCAGCAGCCCUUCCAUCGCAGCCUAAAGGCCGAGGCGGUGAGGUUGAUCGGGGAGUUGCCCGAGGAAGGCCAAGAGGCCUACCGCCUGCAAUACGGCACCCCGGCGAAGCAAAUGCUCGACGCGGCCGUCCAGAGCGGCGAUCCAGCCAAGAUCGCCGAGGUCGCACGAACCUACUUCCAUACCCCCGCGGGCUACGAAGCCACGCUAUUGUUGGCCUCCGACCAUCUCGAUCAUGGUCGCGCCUUGGCGGCUGCGUUGUGUCUUCAGCGGCUGAAAGAAACCGUUAGAGCUGCGGCCAAAUGGGAGCCCAUGCUGUCACUGCAGUUGGCUACUUGCUGGUUGCGAGCUGGCCAACAAGACAAAGCUCAAGAAACACUGGUUGCACUUCGGGAGAGCAUUGGUGGAGCUGAUGUCUCUGUUGGUGGUGAAUCGAUCAAAUGGUUUGAUGACGAAGAGGAUUCCGUUGCGUGGUUUUCCGAGCAACUCGGGCCACAGCUUCAAAUCGCCGCGGUUGAUAUGGCCGAGUGGCUGAUGUUCCGCGGAAACGCCUCUCGCACGGCGGUAAGUUCCGGCGGAAGUCCAUUGCUGAAUCCGCGAUGGAAAGUCCCAACCACCGACGACCCUACCAUCGAGAAAAUCCUCGGUGAGCUUCAAGACCGUUACGACGACCAGCACGUUACUUCGCUUCCCAGCGUUCAUCCGUUGGUGGUAGACGAUGUGGUGCUGAUGCGGACCACGAGUAAUCUGCUCGCGGUCGAUCUCGUGACCGGCAAGCGACUGUGGAAUGUUCCGGCCGAUGAUUCUAUUGAAGCCCUACUCGAUGUGCGUGGCGGUGCGGCGGCAAACACGCCCCAGCUCGAGGCCGGACUAGAACAGCGAAUCUGGAACGAUACGACGUAUGGCACACUCAGCAGCGAUGGGAGUUUUGUCUACAGCAUUGAAGACUUGAACCCCUUCAGUGGAACGACCGCUUCUAUUCCGGGGCGGGCGGUGAUCAUGCAGCAGCGGAGCUCUGGCCCUCAGCUCCAUAACCGGCUCACGGCUCACGACGUUCACACUGGCAAGCUGGUGUGGGAAGUAGGUGGGCCAGGUGGAGAAGGGGCUUUGGAUCUUGCUGAUACUUACUUCUUGGGUCCACCUCUUCCACUAGCGGGGCAGUUGUACUGCCUGGCUGAGACGGCUGGUGAAAUCCAACUUCUGGCCCUUUCCGCGCGGUCAGGAGAACUAGAGUGGAGUCAGCAACUGGCGAUGCUCGAGCGGAAUCUUCUCCAGGACCCUAUUCGAGCAAGCUGCGGUGCAGCACCUUCCUAUGCAGAUGGCGUGAUGGUUUGCCCGACUUCGGCCGGCGCAGUCAUCGCGGUGAAUCUCACCACGCGUUCGCUGCUGUGGGGAUACCGUUACCCAGUGACUGAGAAGUAUCAGGCGAACUCCCGAAUGAUGAUCAUUCGUCGGGGAGGUGCCGUAUUCCAAACCGGGGGCGAUGCCGGCGCGGGCGAUGGUUGGGCUGAUUCCAGCGUGACGAUAUCUGAAGGACAAGUGGUUCUCACACCUGCUGAGUCGAACGAAAUCUACUGCCUCAACCUUCUGGAUGGCUCGUUGGUUUGGAAGAAGGAACGGCAGGACGGACUUUAUGUGGCCGGAGUACACCACUCGAAUGUAAUCGUUGUCGGCCGCACAGGACUGCGUGCGCUUCAGCUUGCCGACGGCGAGGCGGCCUGGGGCGACGUGGAGUUCCCCGAUUCAGCUUCACCGAGUGGUCGAGGCUUUAUCAACGGCAGCCAACUUUUCCUCCCGUUAUCGACGGCCGAGGUAGCCACAUUCAAUCUGAGCGAUGGUGAGCUAGUCGCGCGAUCUCGCUCUCGCGACGGUAGCGUGCCGGGCAACUUGAUUUCACACGGCGGAACGAUUCUGGCCCAGGGCGUUCAGAAUCUCGAGAGCUUCUACCAGUUGGAGUUUCUCGAGAAUGAGGUGAAAGGAACUCUCGCCCAUGAGCCCGAGAACGCGGUGGCGUUGGCUCUGCGGGGUGAGAUUCGCCUGCACAGUGGCGCCGUCGAAGAAGCCGUGGCCGAUCUGCGGCGGUCUUUGGCCCUUUCUUCCGACCCCCACACACAACAGCUACUGGUCGACGCUUUGCUAGAAGGUUUGCGUGUCGACUUUGCAACCUAUCGUAGUUCGGUCGAUGAGUUGGAAACCCUGAUUGAACAGCCGGAGCAACGCAGCAAGUUUCUGCGGCUGCUGGCCACGGGGUUGCAUGCGGCGGGUGAAGUCGACGAGGCCUUUGCCACCUAUAUGCGAUUUACCGAUCCGGCACUUGGGCAACUGGAACUGGAGCCCAUUGACGGAGUGCUUUCCGUGCGUCGCGAUCGCUGGGUUCGUACACGAAUUGGCGAGUUGUGGGAGCUAGCCACCGAAGAGCAACAGCAAGCGAUGGACGCAGAAUUGCAAACGCGGCUGGCCAGCGUGCUGGAAUCGGAUGGCACGACCGAGUUGAGUCAUUUCCUGGCGUUCUUUGGUAAUCACAACUUGGCCGAGUCAGCUCGGGCCGAACUGGUUAAUCGUUUGAUACUGCAAGACGAACUUUUGGCAGCAGAAUUCCAACUGCGGCAGAUGCGAGAAUCUGAAAACUCCGAGAUCAGCAAUCGCGCGACCGCGCAACUCGCGACCCUGCUGGGGGGCUCACGCCGGCCAGAAGAUGCGGCCAUUUACUACGCACACUUGAAGGGCGAGUUGGCCGAGGUGAUGUGUCUCGAUGGGAUGACCGGAAGCGAGCUGUACGCCAUGGUCUCCGAUCCGGCUGUGCUUCAACAGGUGGCUGGAGACCGCAGUUCUUGGCCGGCAGGGCAGGUUGUGAAGUCGCGGGAAGAGAAGAAUAUCAACAACGCGAUGCGGUACUUCGGGUUCGAGAUCCAGGGCCCUCAGGGACCGUUCUUCAACGAUCUGCAUAUCGAAAUCGAUCAGAAUCGACGGAUGCUCGUGGGACGCGAUGGCUUGGGCCAAGCCGCCUGGCAAGUGAACGUGGUCGAGCCGGGGACGAAUAAUGGGCCAAACUUCAAUCAGCACGUAAAUCACGGCCGAGUCGCGGGACACCUCCUGCUCAUCACACUCGGACACGAACUAUUGGCGAUCGACACCCUGCAUACUGACGAGGAGAGCGGGCCGAGUAACGAGGCUCGCAUUCUCUGGCGGCGAAGUCUGGCCGAAUCGGUGCUUGGCGGGCGGGGCAAUGCCGUACCUCAGUUUCGCCAGUUCCAAGCCCCCUGGGGCAAUCGAAUCGUCGUGAAUGGCAACGGCUGGCAACCGGCCGGCACCCUUUGUUUCGUUUCCGAGAACCUUGUGUGCUUCGAAGAGAAUCGCAAGCUGAUCGUAGCCGACCCUUUAACCGGUGAAACGCUAUGGAUGCGACGCGACGUUGGCAGCGGUGCGAUGGUUUGGGGCGACGAUGAAGUGUUGUUGAUGGUUGCUCCCGAUGAGACCGAAGCCGUUGUGCUGCGAGCAAGUGACGGCACCGAACUGGGUAAGUGUGCGGUGGCCACGGCCGAAGAGCGCGUUUGCACAUUGGGUCGCAACCUGGUGCAGUGGGAAAUCUCCCGCGAUGGCAGCACCGUACAGAUGUACGAUCCGCACGCUCAGCAGGUCGUUUGGAGUCACGUCUUCUCCAAGCAUGCCAAGGCCCGGCUGAUCAAUAACGAAGAGCUGGCGAUUGUUGAGCCCGAAGGGCGAUUCGUGCUGUUGAACCUGGCCGACGGUGAAAUCAAGAUCGACUGCCCGAUCGAAGAGGAAGAAGACCUCAACGAGGUCUACGCCAUCCGCUCGCGGGAUCAUUACAUCAUUGUGGCCAAUCGCCCUUGGCAGCAGCGGCCCAACAUCUUCAUCAAUCCGUUGCCCGGUGGAUUUGGGUGCGUCGUCGUCGACGGCAUGGUCUACGGCUUCGAUCGCCGGUCGGGCAAGAAGCUGUGGUCGCAGGAAGUCAAGAAUCAUGGCCUCGAGCUGACCCAAUCGAGCGAGAUGCCGGUGUUGGCGUUCGCCAGCCAAAUUCAUCGGCAACAAAUCAACAAUCGCGGCGGCCGUCGUUAUGAAACCGCGGUCAUUUGCAUGGAUAAACGCACCGGCGCUGUUAUUCACGAAGAACGGUUAGCCAACACGGUGAGUACGGUGAGUUUGGAAGCUGACGCGGCAAAUUCAACAGUGGAGUUGAACAUGCAGCGGGCAAAAGUGCAGAUGAAGUUCACCGACGAGGAACUCGACCAGGAUGCCUCCGAAACGCGCAAGCUGAUUGACGGCGCUGCGGAAGAUGACGAAGAAGAGGAAGAGGAAACACCCGAGACCGAAGAGGAAGAAACAUUCCUGACCGCCGCCACUGCCGCGACAUUCGCUGGCACCCGUUGGUGCUAUGCCGCGUCGGCCUCGCGCGAUCCGAAUGUUGAGCGAAUCGUUGAUCGAGGGCUGGAGUGGGUGGCUAACACCCAAUCGCGGUUGGGCCAUUGGAGCGCCAACGACGGACGGUACCCAACUGCGAUGACCGCGCUGGCAGGAACCGCCCUGCUGGCCGAAGGUUCAACCAGCAUGCAGGGCAAGUAUGCCGAAAACAUUCGUCGCGCGGUCGACUACCUGGUGAGCCGCAGUCGGACGAACGGAUUGAUUGGCGACCCGACGGGAGACGACCGUUACACCUAUGGUCACGGCUUCUCGAUGCUCUUCCUCUCUCAGGUUUUAGGCGAGGAAGAAGAUAUCGACCGGCGUCGGACCCUCGUGGAUGUGCUGACGCGGGCGGUUGAGUUCACAGGGCAAGCCCAGACGAAGGCCGGAGGUUGGGGGUACGUGAGUGCUCGCGAUGGGCACGGGUUCGACGAAGGCUCGACCACGAUUACCCAAGUGCAAGGUCUCCGCGGCUGCCGCAAUGCGGGCAUCACCGUGCCGAAGGAAGUGAUCGACCAAGCGAUUCAAUACAUCCACAACUGCACGGCGCCCGACGGGGGCGUUCAGUACAGUUCGAAAGGCGGCGGAUCACGGCCGGCCAUCACCGCAGCGGCGAUCGCUUGUCUCUACAACGCGGGCGAUUACGACGACGAAUACGUGCCCAAGUUGAUGGAUUACUGCGAGAAGAAUCUUUCGAAUAUCUCGAAUCAAGGCUUCGGCCACUGGCACUACGCCCAUUACUACUACUCCCAGGUGUUGUAUCGCGAGGGCGGGCAGACCUGGAACGACUAUCGCAAGAAGAUUGAAGCGAAAUUGAUCUCCGAGGCCGGCUCCGAUGGCUCUUGGAGCCAGGGCUACAUCGGUCACGUCUACACAACCGCAAUCAACCUCACCAUUCUCCAACUAGAAAACUCCGCGCGAGAAAAGGUGGUAGAGCAACUGUCGCAUGUCAUUGUCGGGCAGAGCGAAGUGAUUGACGAGUUGCUGAUUUGCCUCUUCAGUCGAGGUCACUGCCUGUUGGAAGGCGUGCCAGGGCUGGCCAAGACGUUGAUGAUCAGCACGUUGGCUCGCUCGCUGAACUUGUCGUUCGCCCGCAUUCAGUUUACGCCCGACCUGAUGCCGGCCGACAUCACGGGCACGGAAAUCAUUGAAGAGAACAAGACAACCGGUCAGCGAGAAUUUCGGUUUCUGGAAGGACCGCUAUUCGCAAACCUGAUUCUUGCUGACGAAAUCAACCGUACUCCCCCGAAAACGCAGGCCGCCCUGUUGGAAGCAAUGCAGGAGAGGCAGGCUACGGUUGGUCGGGUGCGGCACCAACUCUCCGAUCCGUUCUUCGUGCUGGCCACACAGAACCCCAUCGAGCAGGAAGGUACCUACCCACUGCCCGAGGCCCAGCAAGACCGCUUUAUGUUCAAGGUCUUCGUGAAGUACCCCACGUUCGACGAAGAAUUCGAAGUGGCUCGCCGCACCACCAUGGUGCAGACCGAUCACAUUGUGCCGGUACUCUCCGGGGAUGAGAUCAUCCAUUUACAGCAAAUGGUGCGGGAGGUGCCCGUCACCGAUCACAUCAUCCGCUAUGCCUUGGCGCUGGUGCGGCAAACUCGAGUGGGUGAAGAGGGGGUUCCCGACUUCAUCACCGAGCAGGUUCGUUGGGGAGCCGGCCCCCGCGCGGUGCAGUAUCUCAUCCUGGGCGGUAAAGCUCGUGCUUUGUUGCACGGCCGCACCUACGUUUCGACGGAAGACAUUCAGGCUCUGGCCCGUCCUGUGAUGCGGCAUCGACUGGUUGUAAGUUUUUCGGCCGAAAGUGACGGCGUAACCCCCGAUGUCGUAGUUGACAAGUUGAUUGAAACAACUCCGAGCAAAGAAGACGAACUCACGAACGAUGGAAUGCAUCGCAGUCCGUACUUCGGGCAGUCGAUCGAAUUCCUGCAACACCGGGAGUACGUACCGGGGGACGACCUUCGCCAUAUCGACUGGAAGGUGUGGGCGAAGCAAGACCGUAUGUACAUCAAACAGUUCGAAGAAGAGACGAACUUGCGGUGCAUGAUGCUGGUCGAUACUUCGAGCAGCAUGCAGUUCGGCGCGGGCCCGCUCAAUAAAUUCGACUACGCUGCCACGGUGGCCACCAGCUUGGCCUACAUGUUGCUGCGGCAGCACGACGCGGUGGGCUGUGUGACCUUUGGUGAAGGGGUCGAAGCUGAAGUGCCGGUCCGCAGUCGAGAGAAUCACCUAAACCUGAUUGUCGAGGCGCUCGAGACCAGCGAGCAGAAGGCGAAAACCGACUUCUACGAUAUUCUUCGCCGAGUGGCUGAGGUGUAUCCACGACGUGGAAUGGUGGUGCUCAUUUCCGACUUGCUCGCCCCGCGAGAGCCAUUCUUGCGAGGGCUUCGCCUACUGCGCCAGCGUGGGCACGACGUAAUGGUUUUUCAUGUGCUGGAUGAUGAUGAACUCGAUUUUCCGUUCGAUGGUUCGACUCGGUUCGAAGGGCUCGAAACCGCCGACCGACUGACGUGUAAUCCUCGCGCACUUCGUGAUGGAUACAUGGCCGCGUUAGGCGAGUUUCUGGAAGAGGUGCGUCAUGGCUGCGCCCGCGAGAUGGUUGACUACGCCUUGAUGCGUACUUUCUUAAACCCAAUGCUGCUGUGGGGAUUGUUGAUCGUGGCGAUCCCCGUGUUGAUCCACUUGAUCAACAUGCUGCGCCAACGGCGCGUGAAGUGGGCUGCGAUGGAGUUCCUGCUUGUCAGCCAGAAGAAGAAUCGCACCUGGGUCAUGCUUCGCGAGCUGCUGUUGCUGGCGUUGCGAAUGCUGGCCAUCGCGGCGAUUGUGCUGAUGCUGGCUCAACCGCUGAUGCGGAGCAGCUUGGCGCGGUUCCUGGGUAGUACGACCACCCAUCACGUGGUUUUGCUGGACGAUAGUUUCUCAAUGUCCGAUCGCUGGGCUAAUGCCGAUGCUUUUCAGGUCGCCAAGCAGUCCAUCUCUCGGUUAGGCGAGCAGGCCGCUGCCCAAGGGAUCUCGCAAUCGUUUACGCUGCUAAGGCUUUCGCAGGCUGCCCCCCGUGGCGGUCCACCUCAGCCAGACUUGCUGGCCGAGGCGGCAUUCUCAUCGCUCGACGAACUCUUAGGGCCCUCGGAUGGCGAGCAGCGGAUUGUCUACCUGGUGUCCGACUACCGCUCGCGGCAAUGGGCCGAACCCGACGAGUUGAAGCAAACGCUCGCCAAGCUCAGCGGCGAAGGCACAAGAGUCGAACUGGUCGAUUGCGUCGACAAGACUCGACCCAACUUGGCGAUCGCCUCGCUGAAGCCACUUUCUGGCACCAGGGCUGCCGGCGUAGCUCUGUUCCAUGAAGUUGCCGUGACGAAUUUUGGGACCGAACCGGUACACGACGUUUCGGUGUUGCUGGAAGAAGACGGUUCGCCGCGCCCUGCCGUGCUCAUCGAUAGCAUUGCGGCGGGGAAGACCGAGGUUCGACGCUUUCCUGUUCGCUUCCCAACCGCGGGCGAGCAUCUCUUGGCCGCUUCGCUCGAUAGCGACGCAGUGCUGGUCGACAAUCGAUACGAAAGUGUGAUCGACCUACCGCUCACAGUGAAGGUCUUGAUCGUCGAUGGCGAUCCCGAAGGUAACGAUGCCCGAUUUCUAGCUUGGGCGUUGUCUCCCGGGGGGCCGGUCGAGACAGGCAUCUCGACACAGAUCGAGCCCAUGCGUUUUCUCGAUACGGAAUCGCUGGAUGAUUUCUCGGUCAUUUAUUUAACGAACAUCAACCGGCUGGAUGAAUCGGCCAUUUCGGCACUCGAAAAUUUCGUCGAAGGUGGCGGGGGCUUGGCGUUUUUCUGCGGCGAUUUGACCGACCCGACGUUCGUUAACACGCAGUUGUAUCGCGAGGGGAACGGUUUCUUCCCUCUGCCGCUGAUUGGUUCCACCGAAUUGUUCGUCGAUCGGUUGCAACGCGCGGCUGAUUUACAAGUGACGAAUCAUCCGGUGUUCUCGGUAUUCGCCGGGGAGCGGAAUAGCUUUCUUUCGGCGGUCACCAUCCAACGAUAUUUCGGAACCGCUGAUGAUUGGACCCCGGCGGAAAACUCUUCCGUGCAGGUAAUCGCCAAGCUGCGAAACGGUGAUCCGCUGGUGGUUGAACGGCGCCUUGGCAAGGGGAGGGUGAUGGCCGUGCUGACGACGGCCUCGCCACAGUGGAACAACUGGGGUCGAAACCCGAGUUUCGUUGUAGCGUUGCUCGAGAUGCAGUCGUAUCUCAGCAACUCCGACCGAGGCUUGAAGGAGCGCUUAGUGGGUGAACCGCUGGAAUUGCUGCUCGACCCGGCGACUUAUCGUCCUCAGGUUCGUGUGACACCUCCUUCGCAAUCCACCGCCACAGAAAUAGUGGAGGCCACCGUAAAUGAAGACGGGCUCAGGGCCGUAUACCCUGACACGUCUUCCGCGGGGAUCUAUACCGCCGAGCUGCAACGCAAAGACGGGCAGACCGAGAACAGACAGUACGCCUUCAAUGUUGUUGCCGAGGAAGGGAAUCUCACCACGCUCGAUGCCCAGCAGUUGGCCAGCCGUUUGGAAGAUGUGAAUUACAGCUUCCACCAUGCGAGCGAUUUUGAACUCACGGUUUCCGAGUCGAACGACUUCCAGUUGAGUGAAAUGCUGCUUUAUCUGCUGGUCGCCAUGCUCAUUGGAGCACGCGAUAUGAAUUUAAUCGCUCCCGUACUCCUGGCACUUGAUGCGUCACAAACCACAUUCGAGUGGGGUCGCAUCCAAUCGAACAUCGAUUGGAUUGCCCCGACCGUGGUGCUUGUGCUGAUCAUUCUGUUCGUGCAUUACAUGUACCGUCGCGACAGUGUGGAGUUGCGGCCAGUGGUGGGUUGGUUCCUCGCCUUCCUCCGCAUCGCAGCAUUCCUUGGCCUGUUUCUCAUCUGGCUAAAGCCGCAAUGGCGGACCGAACGCUUCGAGCCACAGAACAGUCGUCUGUUGAUAUUGGUCGACACCAGCCUCAGCAUGAGCCUGGCCGACGCUUCGACCAUGGACGGCUUGCCGGCGAGUCGCCUGACACCAAUUACCGACGUGCUGAAUAGCGGGGAGUGGAUCAAUAAACUUCGCCAGAAACACGAUGUAGCCGUCCUGCGAUUCGAUGAUUCUGUAGCUCGCGUUACAACGCUUGAGAAGCUCGACCCGAACGCGAAAAACAUUGCCGUUCCGCCCGAAGAAGGGGCGGACGAAUCGCCACUCGAUUGGCAAGAGGCGCUGGCCCCGGUGGGUGUGGAAACCCGGCUGGGCGCCGCGCUCAGGCAACUAAUUCACGACGAACGAGCCCAGCCUGUCUCCGGAGUGGUUGUAUUCAGCGACGGGGGGCAGAAUGCGGGCCUCGAUGUGGCGGCCGCCAUCGAGAUGGCUCAAGAAGCCAAGAUCCCGGUGUUCACCGUCGGGCUGGGUUCAGACCGCCAGCCUACCAACGUUCGCAUCGCCGAUUUCGUGGCCCCCAUUCGCGCACAUCCAGGCGAUGCUUACACAGCCACUGCGUUUGUCCAAACUCAAGGCCUCGCCGGACAGACGGCCACGGUUGAGCUGACCAGCCGCGAUGCCGACUCCGAAGGUGACGACAAUGUCACGCUCGAGGCCAGCGAACAAAUCACGCUGGGUGCCGAUGGCGUAGCCGUUCCGGUGAAGUUCGUCCUCACGCCGGAGACCCCCGGUCGCCGCACCUUGGCAGUGCGGGUGCGAACCUCGGUCGAAGACAACAACCCUCGUGACGACGCGCAAGAGGUCGACAUCGAAAUCGUCGAUCGCACGACGAAGGUCUUGUUGUUCGCCGGCGGUCCCAUGCGGGAGUACCGUUUCUUACGGACGCAGCUUUAUCGCGAUGCAACUACCACGGUCGAUAUCUGUCUUCAGUCGGCAUCCGCAGGUAUCUCGCAGGAAGCCGAUCACAUACUGAGUGAAUUCCCCCGCGAGGCGGAAGAGCUAUACGAGUACGACUGCGUCGUGGCGUUCGAUCCAGCUUGGCACGCACUCGACCAAGAGCAACUCGAUCUACUGGAAAAAUGGGUCGCCGAUGAGGCCGGCGGGCUGAUCGUGUUCUCGGGUCCGGUGCAUACGCAAAGCUGGACCCAGCUUCCGAAUAUGGACAAGAUCAGGGCACUUUAUCCAGUCGAUUUCGAGCAACGGCUUUCGCUGCUCGACGAUGGGCGGUUCGGUUCGACCGAGCCCUGGCCUGUGGAGUUCAACCGGGCCGGGAUGGAGGCCGAAUUCCUGUGGCUUGCCGACACGGCUACAGAAAGCUCGCGUCUGUGGUCAGAGUUCCCUGGCGUCUACGGAUACUUUGCCGUUCGGGGAGCCAAACCUACGGCCACCGUCUACGCCCACUUCUCCGAUCCACGUGCCGUGGGGGCAGAAGGCCCGCCGGUGUACAUGGCUGGGCAGUUCUAUGGUGCCGGCCGCGUGUUCUACCUCGGCAGCGGUGAGAUGUGGCGUCUUCGCAGUGUCGACCCGACAGCGUUCGAGGCUUUCUACACCAAACUCAUUCGUCAUGUAUCCGGCGGCCGACUGCUCCGUGGCAGCAGUCGCGGCACGUUGCUGGUCGAACGUGAUCGAUACGUGCUUGGGCAAACCGUUGUAGUCCGGGCGCAGCUUUCCAAUGCACAGCAAGAACCAUUGACAACACCAGAGGUACCCCUGCAGGUGGUCGCACCCGAUGGGAAUCUAAUGCCCAUCCCAAUGGUUGCCGAUCCUGCUCACGAGGGAAGUUACUCUGGCCAGUUUGCUGCCCGGCAGGAGGGGGUUUAUCGCCUGGAAGUGAACGUGCCCGAGUUGGGCGAUGAGAUUCUCAGCCGCCGCGUCCAGGUUCGCGUGCCCGAUGUAGAACGCGAGAACCCACGCCGCAACGACACCCUACUUAGUGAAAUCGCUUCGACCACCGGAGGCGAGUACUACGUGGGCACCACCGACAUGCUCGAUGGAGCCGGCAGCGAGCCGCUCGCCGAAAUGCUUCGCGAUCGAACGCGCACAGAAGUGAUUCGUGAUGCACCAAUCCCGCUUUGGAACAACGUAUGGGUGCUGCUAGUUUUGUGCGGCAUUCUGUGCCUGGAGUGGUUAACCCGUAGAUUGAGCCGACUGGCUUAA